AUGGAACAAUUGAAGAAACUAUUGGAAAAAGAACAAUCGUAUAGUAUAAUACUGCUGCUAGAUGUGAAAAAUUCUGGGUUGAAUGAUGGUUUCCUUUUUGAAAAUGCAAUGAGAUUCUUACCAUUAGAAUGGCAAGCACAGGUGUUAAGGAAGAAACUGCAACAAGAUAAAUUCACAGCAUUAUCAAAUAAGCUUUUACAAUUAUUUGGAUGCUCCAUUGCUACUGGGUUGUACCCAGAUGAAAUCUCUUUCCAAUACGAGACAUUUGGGAAGCCCAUCUUGAAAGGAUUCGAUAAUAUUUCGUUUAAUAUGUCUAAUGGACAAGAAUUUACAUCGAUGUGUUUACUGAAAGAUGCUUUUUGUAAUGGAAUAAUAAACCAAGUUGGCAUAGAUAUGGCCUCAAUUUAUGACACAACGGGAAAUGAAGAUGAGAUCUUGGAUGUAGAUGCUUUCAAAGGUAUAUUCCAUAAGGAUGAAUUGCCAACAUUCAAGAAUUGUUCCACUGAAAAAUUAGGAGAAUUAUUUACUUACUAUUGGUCGUUAAAAGAAUGUUAUACCAAGUUCACAGGAACUGGUCUUAACUAUGAUUUAACAAAGAUAAAUAUGGGUGAGAUUCUAGAUUAUGAUGAUUCAGACGAGAAAGUCACUAAACGAAGAAUACAACAACGAGACGUAACAUUUUAUUCCAAAUGGAUAAAUAACGAUAGAAAAGAAAUAGUCACAAUCUGUAGUUUCGAAGGAAGUUUCAUUAAACCAAGAAUAUUUACUUUAAAACUUGCAAAUAUUUUAGAGUACUUUGAAUCUAUCAAAACUUGUAAGUAA